CCCAAGUUCGACAAGAUGGAGGACAUGGCCAUGCUGACCUUCCUCCACGAGCCUGCUGUCCUCUACAACCUCAAGGAGCGCUACGCCGCCUGGAUGAUCUAUACCUACUCGGGGCUCUUCUGUGUGACGGUCAACCCCUACAAGUGGUUGCCCGUCUACAACGCCGAAGUGGUGGCCGCCUACCGGGGCAAGAAGCGGAGCGAAGCUCCACCCCACAUCUUCUCCGUCUCUGACAACGCCUACCAGAACAUGCUGACAGACCGGGAGAACCAGUCCAUCCUCAUCACCGGAGAAUCCGGGGCGGGGAAGACGGUCAACACCAAGAGGGUCAUCCAAUACUUCGCCAGCAUCGCCGCCAUCGGUGACCGCAAGAAGGAGGUGGCCAAUAGCAGCAAGGGCACCCUGGAGGACCAGAUCAUCCAGGCCAACCCCGCCUUGGAGGCCUUCGGCAACGCCAAGACCGUUCGCAAUGACAACUCCUCCCGAUUUGGGAAGUUCAUCCGGAUCCAUUUCGGGGCCACUGGGAAGUUGGCGUCGGCUGAUAUCGAGACCUACCUCCUGGAGAAGUCCCGUGUCAUCUUCCAGCUGAAGGCUGAGAGGAACUACCACAUCUUCUACCAGAUCCUCUCCAACAAGAAGCCGGAGCUGCUGGAGAUGCUUCUCGUCACCAACAACCCCUAUGACUACAGUUACGUCUCCCAAGGAGAGGUGACCGUGGCCUCCAUCGACGACUCAGAAGAGCUGUUGGCAACCGACAGCGCUUUUGACGUCCUGGCAGCGGGCUCCCUCCACACCAAGGCGGGAGCUGACCGCAUGGCAUCUUCUCGGUGCUCUGCAGAUGCCGACAAGUCAGCUUACCUGAUGGGACUGAACUCAGCCGAUCUUCUCAAGGGGUUGUGCCACCCCCGGGUGAAGGUGGGCAAUGAGUACGUCACCAAGGGGCAGAACGUCCAGCAGGUCUACUACUCCAGCGGGGCCUUGGCCAAGGCUGUCUAUGAGAAGAUGUUCAACUGGAUGGUGGGGAGGAUCAACAACUCACUGGAGACUAAGCAGCCACGGCAGUACUUCAUCGGAGUCUUGGACAUCGCCGGCUUCGAGAUCUUCGAUUUCAACAGCUUUGAGCAGCUCUGCAUCAACUUCACCAAUGAGAAGCUGCAGCAGUUCUUCAACCACCACAUGUUCGUGCUGGAGCAGGAGGAGUACAAGAAGGAAGGGAUUGAGUGGGAGUUCAUCGACUUUGGAAUGGACCUCCAGGCCUGCAUUGACCUCAUUGAGAAGCCCAUGGGGAUCAUGUCCAUCCUGGAGGAGGAGUGCAUGUUCCCCAAGGCCUCGGACAUGACCUUCAAGGCCAAGCUCUAUGACAACCACCUGGGCAAGUCAUCCAACUUUGGGAAGCCACGCAACAUCAAGGGGAAGACAGAGGCCCACUUCUCCCUCAUCCACUACGCCGGCACGGUGGACUACAACAUCCUGGGUUGGCUGGAGAAGAACAAGGACCCCCUCAACGAAACGGUGGUGGGACUCUACCAGAAAUCAGCCCUGAAGCUCUUGGCCAACCUAUUCUCCAAUUACGCUGGGGCAGAUGCCGGCGGUGAUGGAGGGAAGGGGAAAGGAGCCAAGAAGAAAGGUUCCUCCUUCCAGACCGUCUCAGCCCUGCACCGGGAGAAUCUCAACAAGCUGAUGGCCAACCUCAAGACCACCCACCCCCACUUCGUCCGCUGCCUCAUCCCCAACGAGAGGAAGGCUCCAGGCGUGAUGGACAACCCCCUGGUGAUGCACCAGCUCCGCUGCAACGGGGUGCUGGAGGGCAUCCGCAUCUGCCGCAAGGGCUUCCCCAACCGCAUCCUCUACGGGGACUUCCGCCAGCGGUACCGCAUCCUGAACCCUGCAGCCAUCCCUGAGGGACAGUUCAUUGACAGCCGCAAGGGUGCCGAGAAGCUCCUGGGCUCCCUUGACAUCGACCACAACCAGUACAAGUUUGGGCACACCAAGGUCUUCUUCAAGGCUGGGCUCCUAGGGCUGCUGGAGGAGAUGAGGGAUGAGCGCCUCUCCCGCAUCAUCACUCGCAUCCAGGCUCAGGCUCGGGGGCAGCUCAUGCGCAUUGAGUUUAAGAAGAUCCUGGAGCGACGGGACGCGCUCUUGGUAAUCCAGUGGAACAUCCGGGCCUUCAUGGGGGUGAAGAACUGGCCCUGGAUGAAGCUCUACUUCAAGAUCAAACCCUUGCUGAAGAGCGCUGAGACGGAGAAGGAGAUGCAGAGCAUGAAGGAGGAGUUUGGGCGGCUGAAGGAAGCCCUGGAGAAGUCGGAGGCCCGGCGGAAGGAGCUGGAGGAGAAGAUGGUCUCCAUGCUGCAGGAGAAGAAUGACCUUCAGCUCCAAGUGCAGGCCGAGCAAGACAACCUGACCGACGCCGAGGAGCGCUGCGACCAACUGAUCAAGAACAAGAUCCAGCUAGAGGCCAAGGCAAAGGAGUUGACAGAGCGGCUGGGGGAGGAGGAGGAGAUGAAUGCUGAGCUGACGGCCAAGAAGAGGAAGCUGGAGGAUGAGUGCUCAGAGCUGAAGAAGGACAUCGAUGACCUGGAGCUGACUCUGGCCAAGGUGGAGAAGGAGAAACACGCCACCGAGAACAAGGUCAAGAACCUGACGGAGGAGAUGGCAGGGUUGGAUGAGACCAUCGCCAAGCUGACGAAGGAGAAGAAGGCCUUGCAAGAAGCUCACCAGCAAGCACUAGAUGACCUGCAGGCAGAGGAAGACAAGGUCAACACCUUAGCGAAGGCCAAAGCCAAGCUGGAACAGCAGGCAGAUGACCUUGAAGGGUCACUGGAGCAGGAGAAGAAGAUCCGAAUGGACCUGGAACGGGCCAAGAGGAAGCUGGAAGGUGACUUGAAGCUGACCCAGGAGAACAUCAUGGAUCUAGAGAAUGACAAGCAGCAGCUGGAGGAGAAGCUCAAGAAGAAAGAGUUUGAGAUCCACCAGCAGAACAGCAAGAUUGAGGACGAGCAGGCGCUGGCCCUACAGCUUCAGAAGAAGCUGAAAGAGCUGCAGGCGCGGAUUGAGGAGCUGGAGGAGGAGCUGGAGGCAGAGCGGACGGGCAGGGCCAAGGUGGAGAAGUUGCGCUCAGACCUGUCGCGGGAGCUGGAGGAGAUCAGCGAGCGGCUGGAGGAGGCUGGCGGCGCCACCUCAGUGCAGAUUGAGCUCAACAAGAAACGGGAGGCAGAGUUCCAGAAGAUGCGGCGGGACCUGGAGGAGGCCACGCUGCAGCACGAGGCCACAGCUGCCGCCUUGCGCAAGAAACAGGCCGACAGUGUGGCCGAGCUCAGUGAGCAGAUCGACAACCUGCAGCGCAUCAAGCAGAAGCUGGAGAAGGAGAAGAGUGAGCUCAAGCUGGAGCUAGAUGACCUCAGCUCCAACAUGGAGCAGCUGCUCAAGGCCAAGGUGGGCAUGGAGAAGGUCUCCCGCACCCUGGAGGAUCAAGCAGCUGAGCACCGGGCUAAGCUGGAGGAGACCCAACGCGUCCUCAACGACACCAGCGCCCAACGGUCCAAGCUCCAGAGCGAGAACGGAGAGCUGUCCCGCCAGCUGGAGGAAAAGGAGGCCCUCAUUUCUCAGCUCACCAGGGGCAAGCAGUCCUCCACCCAGCAGAUGGAGGACCUGAAGCGGCAGCUGGAGGAGGAACUGAAGGCCAAGAAUGCGCUGGCACACGCCCUCCAGUCAGCCCGGCAUGACUGCGACCUGCUGAGGGAGCAGUACGAGGAGGAGACGGAGGCCAAGGCUGAGCUCCAGCGGGUGCUCUCCAAGGCCAACUCCGAGGUAGCGCAGUGGAGGACCAAGUAUGAGACGGACGCCAUCCAGCGCACUGAGGAGCUGGAAGAGGCCAAGAAGAAGCUGGCCCAGCGGCUUCAGGAGGCUGAGGAGGCGGUGGAGGCAGUCAAUGCCAAGUGCUCCUCCUUGGAGAAGACCAAGCACCGGCUGCAGAAUGAGAUCGAGGACCUGAUGGUGGACGUGGAGAGGUCAAAUGCAGCUGCUGCCGCCCUGGACAAGAAGCAGAGGAACUUCGACAAGAUUGUGGCUGAGUGGAAGCAGAAGUUUGAGGAGGCGCAGACGGAGCUGGAGGCAUCACAGAAGGAGGCCAGGGCCCUCAGCACUGAGCUCUUCAAGCUGAAGAAUGCUUAUGAGGAGUCGCUCGAGCACCUGGAGACCUUCAAGAGGGAGAACAAGAACCUCCAAGAGGAGAUCUUGGACCUGACGGAGCAGCUGGGCGCCAGCCACAAGACCAUCCAUGAGCUGGAGAAGGUCCGGAAGCAGCUGGACGCUGAGAAGUUGGAGCUUCAAGCCGCACUGGAGGAGGCUGAGGCCUCUCUGGAGCAUGAGGAGGGGAAGAUCUUGAGGGCCCAGCUAGAGUUCAACCAGGUCAAGGCAGACUAUGAGCGCAAGCUGGCCGAGAAGGACGAGGAGAUGGAGCAGGCCAAGCGCAACCACCUGCGGGUGGUGGACUCACUGCAGACCUCGCUGGAUGCCGAGACCCGGAGCCGCAAUGAGGCCCUGAGGCUGAAGAAGAAGAUGGAGGGCGACCUCAACGAGAUGGAGAUCCAGCUUGGCCACGCCAACCGGACAGCGGCCGAGGCCCAGAAGCAACUCAAGACCUUGCAGGGCUACCUCAAGGACACCCAGCUGCAGUUGGAUGACACAGCACGGGCCAAUGAGGACCUGAAGGAGAACAUUGCCAUCGUGGAGCGCAGGAACAACCUCCUACAGUCAGAGCUGGAGGAGCUCCGGGCACUAGGGGAGCAGACCGAGAGGGCCCGCAAGUUGGCUGAGCAGGAGCUGAUUGAGGCCAGCGAGAGAGUCCAGCUCCUCCACUCACAGAACACCAGCCUCAUCAACCAGAAGAAGAAGAUGGAGGGUGACAUCUCCCAGUUGCAGGCAGAGGUGGAAGAGGCCAUCCUGGAAUGCCGGAACGCCGAGGAGAAGGCCAAGAAGGCCAUCACUGAUGCGGCCAUGAUGGCGGAGGAGCUGAAGAAGGAGCAGGACACCAGCGCCCACCUGGAGCGGAUGAAGAAGAACCUGGAGCAGACCAUCAAGGACCUGCAGCUGCGGUUGGACGAGGCUGAGCAGUUGGCCCUCAAGGGGGGCAAGAAGCAGCUGCAGAAGCUGGAGGCCCGGGUGAGGGAGCUGGAGAAUGAGCUGGAGGCCGAGCAGAAGCGCAACGCCGAGAGCGUCAAGGGCCUCCGCAAGUCUGAGCGGCGUGUCAAGGAGCUCAGCUACCAGACGGAGGAGGACCGCAAGAACCUGGUCCGCCUGCAGGACCUGGUGGACAAGCUCCAGCUGAAGGUCAAGGCCUACAAGCGGCAGGCAGAGGAGGCGGAGGAACAGGCCAACACCAACCUGGCCAAGUUCCGCAAGGCGCAGCACGAGCUGGAUGAGGCAGAGGAACGCGCUGACAUGGCCGAGUCCCAGGUCAACAAGUUGCGAGCCAAGAGCCGUGACAUGGGAGCCAAGAAGCUGCACGACGAGGAGUGA